AUGGCCAAGAGUCCCGAGGUGAUGCAACAGUACAUGGAGGAGGUGGAGGAGGCGGCGGAGGAGGUGAUGAGUGACCGCCAGGAAGUCAUCACCCUCGACCGGCGACGCAACACCAACCGGGAGGCUCUGAGGCGGAUGGCGGAUGAGGGCAAGCCGGAUGAGGCGCGGAUGUGGAUAUGCGUGGGAAACAUGUUCUUGCGGAUGCCUCGUGGGUUUGUCAAGGAGAGCAUUGAGAAGGAACAGAAACACCUUGACACUGAGAUCAACAACCUUCGUAACGGGCUAAGAAGCAAGGUCAACAAACUCAAUGAUCUCGAACACAAGGACCCGACACUGGGCACCAACCUGAAGGCACUGUCCCAGGAGGAGUGGCAGGCCGUUAGUCAGGUGCUGGGGAAGUGAGGGGAAGAGUGAGAGUGAGGGGAGAGAUGGGAAAGGGGAAUGAGGGAAUGUAUCAAGGAAAAAGCACAAACUACCCCCUUCCAGCUCUCCCUUUUCAUUCGUUUCUCCAGGGAAGUGAAGGUUAGGAUACUGAGUCAUGUUGGGGAAGUGAGGGAAGAGAUUGAGGGGAAAGGAGUGAGGGGAUGAAGGAGGGGAGAGUAAGCACUGUGGACCUAUUGAACUAACUACCUCCUUUCUCUCCCUCUUCCUUCAGUGUGUUUUCUUCUCAAGGGGAAAGGAAAUGGCUAAGGUGUCUCUCUUUGUUGGGGAAGUGAGGGAAGAGAUUGAGGGUAAGGGAGUGAGGGGAUGAAAGAGGAGAGUAAGCACUAUGGACUUAUUGAACUAACUACCCUCUCUCCUUUCUCUCAGUGUAUUUUCUUCUCAAGGGAAAAGGAAGGGGGAAGGGAAGGGCUAAGGUUGUCUCUCUCUUUGUGCUAACCUUAAAAAAACUGUUGACGGCACUUGUAAAAUCUAUAAAAAUCCAAAAAACCUA